AUGACUAGUGCAGUUCUAGUCUUGGUAUUAGCGCUUUUAGUGAUUGAAGGAGAAGCCGACUAUGAUGGAGUGGGCGACUGCGAUGGCACAAACUGUGACGACUUGUCUCAAGACCAGUUUAUUGAUUAUUUGACAAAUCCGCUGCGUUAUGACAAAUAUGUGAGACCUAACACAAGCACUCCCUUUGGUGUGAUUGUCAAUGUUGACAUCAAUCACUUGGAAGCGUCACAAUCUCAAUUUACGGCGUACAUGACCGUAAAAUGUACUUAUUUAGAUAGUAAUCUCAAAUUUGAGGAUAUUUCUCCGAAAAGAUCUCUAAUAUUAGGCGAUGAAACCCUCAAAGCCAAAAUUUGGACCCCAAAUAUCCUCCUCAAGGACCAAGAGGAGACGACUAUAGUUCAAGUUGAAAAAAAAGAAGACUUGGUGUCCAUAGAUAAGACAGGUCUAGUGACAUAUACGUACAAAAUGGUGUCAAAAUUCUAUUGUUGGAUGGAUUUGAAAAAAUUCCCGUUUGACACGCAAAAGUGCACCCUUAUUUUCAGCGAUUGGUCGUACAAUAGUACCAACCUACUAUUAGAAUGGAACAAAAAGUCGGAGUCGUUGAACGUUUCUGAUAAUUUACACUUUACCGAAUUUAUUGUCGAUGAAAUUAAAUGUGAUACCGGGACCAACGAUGGGCCUUAUCAAAAUAGGGACAUGUCGGAUCAAGUUGGCAGCUUCAGCGAGCUCGUGAUUAAAUUUCGUUUCCAUAGAGACAUCGGUUAUUACCUACUUGAUUUCUUCAUUCCCUCUUAUUUGCUAGUAUGCACUGCUUGGGUCACAUUCUGGCUCCAAGCGGACGCGGGGCCCCCACGAGCCACCCUGGGGGCCACCACAGUCGUAGCUUUCAUCACCCUGCACUUGGGUAUGAGCAAAGACAUACCCAAAGUGUCAUAUAUCAAAGCUAGCGAUAUUUGGUUUUUGGGGGUUUCUUGCUUCAUUUUCUUUUCGUUGGCAGAAUUCGCGUUUGUUAACGUCAUUUGGAGGCGCAAGAAAAUAAUCGAGUUGAAAAAACCCAAACAGAAGUACAUAAUCAAAGCGGCCGUGAUGCCAAGCGUUGCCAGGAAACACUUGCGCAAGCACGAGUCAAGUCUGUCAGUGGCCACUUUGACCCAAUCAAAUUCCAGCUUGGACGUGGCCACGCCCUGUGAGAAUGGAUGUUACAAGAAUGGCAUUGAUAGUUUAGACAGCAGUCAUAGUGUUAUUCCAAUGCCGGAAGACGAACAAGUUUUCACUUGGACGAAAAUGACGCCGCAAGAGGUCGCCAUUUGGAUCGACAGGAAGGCGCGAAUUGUCUUCCCACUCAUUUUCCUCAUUUUUAAUAUACUCUACUGGGUGUUUGUAUAUUACGGUUAA